UUGCAAAAAGAUGGCGGCUUCAAGUGUAAACCGUGCGCUUGUGUAUGGAGGAAAAGGAGCAUUGGGUAGCACAGUUGUCAACUUUUUCAAGUCGAAAGGCUGGUGGGUAUGUUCUGUGGACCUAUUCCCAAAUGAAGAAGCUCAGGUAAACCUUAUAGUGGAUCCUGCCUUGUCUUGGACCGACCAAGAAUCAUCCAUCUUGACUAAAGUGGAGGAGACACUAGCAGGGGAGAAACUGGAUGCCAUAUUGUGUGUCGCAGGAGGAUGGGCAGGCGGUAAUGCUGCUGCAAAAGCUCUGGUGAAGAACAGUGACCUGAUGUGCAAGCAGAGUGUAUGGACAUCGGUUCUGUCCGCUGGGAUCGCCGCUAAGUACCUGAAGGAAGGAGGUCUCCUUCAGUUGACGGGGGCAAAGGCAGCUUUGGAUGGAGGUACACCAGGCAUGCUCGGAUAUGGUCUUGCUAAAGCAGCUGUGCACCAGCUAGUGCGUGGUCUAGGGAUGGACGGGAGCGGACUACCAGCCAAUGCUACAGCUUUAGCAAUUUGCCCAGUGACUCUUGACACUCCAAUGAAUCGCAAGUUUAUGCAAGACGCCGAUUUCUCUUCAUGGACUUCCCUGGAGUUUGUCGCAUCGUUGCUGUUUGACUGGGUGACUGGGGCACAGGCAAGGCCAGCCAGUGGCAGCUUAGUGCAGCUUAUUACCAAAGAAGGCAAGACAGAUCUGGUUACUGCCUGAUAUAACCGGCUCAAUCUGGUUCAAUCUGGUUCUGAGUAGUUUAAAGUAGCACAAGGUGCUUUAUUAUUGGAUGUGGUGACUGUGUUGGUGCAAAUGGUACUCAGUUGGCUGUAGUAUUUGUGAAUGGGUGAAUAAUGAGGAAGUACAAACAUUUAGAGUUGACAGUAUGUAAUCAUUUCUGUACUUAGUACAUACUUAAUAGUUCCUGGCAUAGUGCCUCGGACAACAAAUUAUGCCUCGGACAACAAAUUAUGCAAUCAUUUUUUCCUGAUUUGAGGACUUCCCUUCUUUUUGAAAACAACCAAAGACUGUCCCUGUUUAGAAAACUCUAAGAACAAAUUGCCAGGCGUCUCGGCCAAGUCUUGGAAAUCGAGAGAACAUGUUUUGAAGUAGUUGUACGUCAUGAUUAGAAAGAAGAAUAUGUUGAAAUAUUGUGUCAAGUAAUGUAUGUAGAGAACUUAAAAAAAUACAAUUUAAGUAUUCAUUUUUAGAAUAUAUUUUACCGUCUAGCUUCAAUUAGUGAAUUGUUUUUUUCAAUGAAGGAAUCAUUUUGUUUUAAAAACACAGUACUGAUUUCCAAUUAUGAAAGCAGCUGAUUUUGAUCGUGCUACCAUCAGGGACCUUAUGCAUUAACACCCUAUACAUGUAUUGUGCCUAGACGUCUAGGUAUCAAGAAGGUAAUGUUGCUAUGGGUAUAGUUCACUGGUUGCUGGGUGUAUAGCACGUCAUGGUCGCAGGGUCUUCUAGUAACAAAAACAUAUCAUGUGAUGCCCUCUAAACUAAUCAAACAGUAAUGGGCCUAUCAAAUAAAUUAAGUGAAACUUGCCUGCCUGUUGGCGUUAAUAAUUACAACCUGGAGGAUUUGGGACACUAGGUGGCAGCAGAUGUAUUGAGCAGGUUUCCAAGGCCAUGUUUGCACAGCAACUAUUUGUCAUCUAGCUUGGUACUUGUGUGUCAGGUACUAGGCAAUGUCCGGUCCCUGUCCGAACAUGGCCCAUUCUGUAUGCCAUUAUAAGCAUGAAAAUAAGUUUAAGAGCAUUUGAUUAACCCUUAGUCUGCUGCCUUUUAUAUCUUCUCCCAAAUAAUCUGAUUAUUCAGAUUUUUAUUAUUAAAGGUAUGACCUGCCAAAGUAUUUUUAUUCUAAUUUAUAGAAUUUCCUUAUAAGGAUUCCCUAUGUUAAAGUUAUGAGUUUAUUUUCCAAAAUGUUUUAAACUGCAGACAAUAACUGUAAAGUAUUCAAACCCUUAAGCCAAUGUUUAUCAUUACAGUCAAGCAAUAAACCCACCAGCAUUGACAUAUCAA